UUUCAUAAAUGUUGAGCACGAAAAACACAAAACUCUCUCUCUCUCUCUCUCUCUCUCUAUAUAUAUAUAUGUCAUGGACUCAUAAUACCAUAUCAUAGUUCGUCUGCCACCACCAUUUCAUUCCUUCUCCUUCUUCUCUCCCAAUCUCUCUCUUAUCUCUAUACUACGGUAAGAAAACGCUAUGAGUGGCGACGAAGAGUGGGUCAAAGCGGCGAUGAUUGAUGAUACGAUGGUGGUGGAGCUUCUUGUGCGGCUAAAUCAAUCUCAACGUCCGCCGCCGGAGGCGAUUAAGCAGCUUAAGUGGAGCGUCCGUCAACGCCGGUCUAAACCUAAGCCUGCUACCGGUGCCAGCCCCACUACGCCACUGUCAUGGAGCGGCGGCGGCGGUACCUCUCUUAGUGGCGGCUGUGGUGACCGUGAAGAAUCCAGUCAUUCUCCUCCUCUUCCUAAACUCGCACACCAUAAGAGAUCUAAGGUUAAUAACAUUAGUGAAAAAUCGACCAUCAAGAGAUCAAGAAAGAAGAAGACCUUAACUGAACUGAAAGAAGAAGAGGACUUGCUGCUUAAGGAAAGAAGAGAAUUGAAGAGGGAAAUAUCAGCAUUAUGUGUCAAUUUGGAGAAACAAAGGGCUACCAAUGAAAGCUUGAAGAGAAUAAAGAUGGAAUUGCAACCACUUCCAGAACAAGGAACAACAAUUGUAUCCGAGGCAACAAUUUCUGGUCGAGUUCAGGAAAAGAUUGCAUCAUGUCGUCCUAUCCUUCCUAUUAAGCCGCCUCCAGUUGUCUCUAACGACGUUGUUGGGCUGCAACUCCCAACGUCUGAUGACUCUCCUGAAUCGCAGGCAGUUGAAGUUCCCGUGGGUAAAUUCAUGCUUCCGGAUCUUAAUAUCGGGUUUGACAAGGAAUCUGGAUGUGAAGUUAGCUAGUUGAUCAAGCAUAAAUACCAGAAAAUAUCUUCUCCAACCGAGUUAGGACUAAUAAAACCAAUACCACCUGUACUUAGUAAGGCCUAGUCUUGCUCUCUAGGACCUAUUCUUUUCGUUAGUUUCAUGAAGUUUCUUUGGGUUAGUGUAAAGAUCACGACUCAUUAGUUGCAGCCACAUUUUUUUCUCACAGCUUUAAACUUGUAUAGCAUUCCUUCUAUUUUCUUUCUGGGAAUGUGGGGGGAGUAAUCUAUCUUGUGCCACUGUUAGUAGAUAUAGUAAACAGCAAACUGAAUCUUAUUUCCAAUGAUUUCAGGA